GCAACGAAUACCAGGUUUGUGUUUGAGGUUUUACAGAUUUGAAAGUACCGCCCUGCAACGCGAGCGACCGCCCUCAAAGAUCCGAAGCGAGGCAGUGAGUCAAACAGGCACUCGCGCGCUCCUAUAAUCGAAUAGUAUUGUCAGUGUUAAGGAGAUGUUUCGUUGGGAGAAGUAGGAACGAGUAGAAAGCCAAGAUGAGUGGGAGCACCACUGGGUCCGGAGCGGCGCCUUGCCGCUUCGCUCACUACUUUGUUAUAUGCGGAAUAGACACUGAAACUGGACUGGAACCCGACGAAUUAGCUGCUUUGUACCAAUGGCUUGAGGCAGACCGCCAUGGCACGGACCCAGAGGCCGCCGCCACAGGUGAGAACUUGGAGCAGAGCCCCCUCAAGAGAACCUUCAAGUCCAAAGUCUUGGCCCACUACCCUGAAAAUGUGGAGUGGAACCCUUUUGACCAGGAUGCCGUCAACAUGCUGUGCAUGCCCAAAGGCCUCUCGUUCCGGACGCAGGCGGACUUGCGUGAGCCCCAGUUCCACUCCUUCAUCAUCACCCGGGAAGAUGGCUCCCGCACCUACGGCUUUGUCCACACCUUCUAUGAGGAGGUGACCAGCCCGCAGAUCUGCAGCGCCAUGCAGACCCUCUACCAGAUGCACAACGCCGAGAACCCCUCCUCCAACCCCUCCUCCUCCUCCUCCUCUUCCUCCUCCAGCAUGGACUCCCUGGCCAGCAGCAUGGACGAGGCUGACUCGUCCUCGUCGCAGCGGGGGGGAGGAGUGGGCAUGGGCGGCUACGACGCGUCGCGAGACACGCUGUACGUGUCUAAGGCACUGUGCCUGAUCACGCCCAUGCCCUUCAUGCACGCCUGCCGCCGCUUCCUGGCCCAGCUCCACCGGGCAGUGACCUCCGCCUUGCCCCCCCCCCUCCCCCUGGAGAGCUACAUCCACAACGUGCUCUACGAGGUGCCCCUGCCCCCGCCGGGGCGAUCCCUCAAAUUCCACGGCGUGUACGAACCAAUUGUGUGUCAGCGGCCCGGGCCUGGAGAGCUCCCGUUGGCUGACUUCCCUCUGGGCGUGGCCUUCUCCCAAUUGGGGGUGGAGAACCUGGUUCAGCUGUUCACCUGCACCAUGCUGGAGAUGCAGAUCCUGCUGUACUCCCAGGACUACCAGCGUCUGAUGACGGUGGCAGAGGGCAUCACCACCCUGCUCUUCCCGUUCCAGUGGCAGCAUGUGUACGUGCCUAUCCUGCCCGCCUCGCUGCGCCACUUCCUGGACGCCCCUGUGCCCUACCUGAUGGGUCUGCAAUCCAAGGAGGGCACCGACCGCUCCAAGCUGGAGCUGCCUCAAGAGGCUAAUCUAUGUUUCGUGGACAUCGACAACCACUGCAUCGACCUGCCAGAGGACUUCCCCCAGUUCCCCAACAAGCCUGACUUCAUCAAGGAGCUGAGUGAGGUGCUGCUGAGCUAUGGUCUGUCCCCACAGGGCGGCGCUCCUCUUGUCCCCACCACCUCCUCCUCCUCCCCCUCCCCAGGCUCGGUGUCCAAGGGUCUGAGGAGCCUGGCGCUGAGCGAGCUGGAGGACGAUGGGCGCAACGGGAACCUGGGUGGCGAGGAGCAGGCAGUGCUGGAGCUGCUCCAGGGCAACGCCACACUGGAGAGGCUGCGGGCUCUGGCCAGACGCACGGGGGUGGAGGUGGGACGCGUGGAUGCCUCCGGGGGGGGCGCCCAGCAGCAGGCAGGGGGGCGGACGGUGGCGGAGGAGCUGAGGAACGCCAAGCUGAAUGUGCAGCUCCGGGAGGUGUUUGCCAGCCGCUUCACCACCAUGUUUGCCGACUACGAGGCAUUCGUCAUCCAGAGCGCCCCUGACCUGGAGUCUUGGCUCACCAACCGGGAGCAGAUGCACAACUUUGACAAGGCCUCCUUCCUGUCUGACCAGCCCGAGCCCUACCUGCCCUUCCUGUCCCACUUCAUCGAGACCCAGAUGUUCGCCACCUUCAUCGACAACAAGAUCAUGUCCCAGUGGGAGGACAAGGAGCCGCUGCUGCGAGUGUUUGACGGGCGCAUCGACAAGGCCCGCCUCUACAACGUUCGGGCCCCAAGCCUCCGCUCGUCCAACUACCAGAGGUGCACCGUCCUCAAGGAGUCGGCCCAGGCAAUUGAACAGCGUCUGAUGAAGAUAGACCACACGGCCAUACACCCCCAUCUGCUGGAUAUGAAGAUUGGCCAGGGCAAGUACGAGCAUGGCUUCUUCCCCAAGCUGCAAGCCGACGUGCUCGCCACAGGGCCCACCAAUAAUAAAUGGUCCAAUCGCACGACCACAGCCCAGCGUAGGAAGGACCGAUACAGACAGCACACAGAGCAUUUGACUCUGGAUAAUGAUGUCAAAGAGCAGGUAGAGGGGUGUCUGGUCCUGCAGAACUCCAUGGCCUUCUGGGAGUGGGACAAGGCCUCCCCCCCACCCCUCAAACCGCCCAAAAAGUCGGCCUCCGCGUGCUGCCUGCAGAAGUACAUGCAGGAGGCUCGUAGCCUGGGGAAGAGCCUGAGGCAGCCUAAGCUGUCGGACCUCUCCCCAGCCGUCAUUGCUCAGACCAACUGGAAGUUUGUGGAAGGCCUGCUCAAAGAGUGUCGGAUGAAGACCAAGCGGAUGCUGGUGGAGAAGAUGGGCCGGGAGGCGGUGGAGUUGGGCCACGGGGAGGCCAACAUCACUGGGUUGGAAGAGAAUACCCUCAUUGCCAGCCUCUGCGACCUGCUGGAGAGGAUCUGGAGCCAUGGUCUGCAGGUCAAACAGGGGAAGUCAGCCCUGUGGUCUCACCUGCUGCACUACCAGGCCAGAGAGGAGAAGCUAGCAGAGCAGCAGGCCCUGUCUCCAGUAUCGAACGGAGAGAGGCGCAAGUCUGAAUCUUUGCUAGGAAUGCCGUUAAUCCGCGUGUCGCUUCUACAGGAUAUGAGACACAUCCAGAGUAUGGGGGAGAUAAAGACAGAGGUGGGGAGGGCGCGAGCAUGGAUCCGUCUGUCCCUUGAGAAGAAACUUCUCUCGCAACACCUCAAACAACUGCUCUCCCGACAAGCCUUAGCCAAAAAGUUGUAUAAGCGCUAUGCCUUCCUGCGCUGUGAGGAGGAGAAGGAGCAGUUCCUGUUUCACCUGUUGUCCCUGAAUGCUGUUGACUACUUCUGCUUCACUAGUGUCUUCACCACCAUCAUGAUCCCAUACCGAGCCGUCAUUCUCCCCAUCAAGAAGCUGAGCAACGCCAUGACAACCUCUAACCCCUGGGUGUGUGUGUCAGGCGAGCUGGGAGACUCGGGCGUCAUGCAGAUCCCAAAGAACGUCCUGGAGAUGACCUUCGACUGUCAGAACUUAGGAAAAUUGACCACUGUCCAGUUGGGCCACGAUAACUCUGGACUGCUGGCCAAGUGGCUGGUGGACUGCGUCAUGGUCCGCAACGAGAUUACUGGACACACUUACAAGUUCCCUUGUGGACGGUGGCUAGGGAAAGGCGUGGAUGACGGCAGCCUGGAGCGCGUGCUGAUUGGGGAGCUGCUGGCGCCCAGCGCAGAGGAGGAUUCUGGGAGGGGCUGUCGCACGCCGCCGGCACAGCGCUCGCCCUCCCUGACCAGACGCAUCAGCGUCAUCUCGCUGACAGCAAGAGGAUACAAGCCUACAUCAGCUCAAAUCCAAGAAGCUAUAGGAGAAGCGGUCAACAACAUCAACAAACACUUCCACAAGCCGGAGAAAGAGAGAGGUAGUCUGACUAUCCUGCUGUGUGGGGAGUGUGGUCUGGUCGGGGCCCUGGAGCAGUUCUUCCACCAUGGCUUCAAGUCGGCCCGUCUCUUCCAGAAGACUGUUUUUGUCUGGGACUUUAUGGAGAAGGCUGUGGCGUUUAUGGAGUCGGCCAAUCACAUGGGUGACCUGCAGGAGACGGCGGAGCCAAUGGGAAUUACCUGCCAUUCCCUCUGUCGCUAUGUCAACGCCAUCAACUCCACCCCCCGGAACAUCGGCAAGGACGGAAAGUUCCAGCUACUGGUCUGUCUGGGAGCCAGGGACCGACUACUGCCUCAGUGGCUCCCCCUGCUGGUGGAAUGUCCCCUGAUCCUGCGGAUGUAUGAGGACUCCGCUCUGCUGAGGGAGCGGAGUACCGUCAAUGCCCUUAUCAGCGUCCUGGAGACCCUUCACGACUUCCCCAUCACCCUGGAGGCCUCCCUGGUCAAGGGCAUCGACCUUUAACCUCUGACACGACCGCACACAGACAAGACUAAGUUUCAUACAACCCCUUCCUCCUUAACUGCACCAGGAUUCGCUUUGGGAUUUAUGGCGUAACCCCAAAAGCAGCAAGAGGAAACGUGACGAGGAGAACGGGGACAUGUCGGCUACCAAAGCAACAGAGUUAGCCUCUCAGCUGACAUUUGCGUCAGUGAUGAGAGUCAAUUCAGUAUCAUUCGCCUGUGUUUUUAGCCUCAACCAGCAGCUCUUUAGCUUGCUCGGUUGGUUGGUCCACAAAAAUGUCCCCCCACUUUGGCGCAUGCAUGUAACGUGGUCGCAGCUACUGCAAAUUUGCGCUUGUUCUGACAUUUAGUAGGCUACUAAACUUUUUGAGUAACAGUGGGUGUAGCUUUCUCGCGACAUUAGUGGUGUGCGUGGAUUGAGACCUUUCUGGCCUGUGUUCUGUAGUUCUCUGCCAGACCGUAUUCCACACUUAGCUAGCGGUUAGCAUCAGCAUGCAUGUCUGUGGAUCAUAGUGGACCAUGAAGAACCCAAACACAAAAUAGACCGUUUGUCCCUGCAGCCUCCCUGCAGCCUCCAAACUGGAAAAUAUUACUUGUAUAAUAAUUCUGAAAUCUCAGCUGAAGAUGUUGAUCAUUUAAAACUGGACUUGUAUGUUUCUCUACCAAACUGAGCCACUCAACAUAGCUGUGUGAUUUAGUUAUUUGCUUGUUUCCCACCUUGUUGGACAGGAUUGUUUGCACUGCAUUGUCAUUGGCAGGCAUCUUGAUGGACACAACCACUGCUUGGUUUAGAGGCGGGAUUUUGUCUCAAGCUGCAUGGACAUUUUUAGAUGACAGGCACCGGAAGGAGUUGUUUUUGAAUUUGAACGUGUGUGUGUGUGCGUCGGUGUGUAUGCUUGACCCUCAAUUUUUAUUUUUGUAUUAGACAGUGACCUCUACAAGGAGUUUAAACCAACUUAUCUUUCAAACCCAUCGUUUUCCUCAUCUUUCACAUUCACAGUGCUGGUACAUCCUUAUGCUAGUUGAUCCCAAUAGAACUCUUUAGCACAGUCAGUGUCUCAGUGUUGACAAGCAUUACUCUCUGUUCUGUCCAGAUGUCCCAUAGUUCUUCAUACGUGUUAAAUGUGAAAGGCACUGGAAUACAAAAUAUGUCAAAAGAAUCCAUCAGUUCCCUGGACCCCAAAUAGCCCCUACUGGAUGUCUUUAGUGACUGAAAUCUACUAAUUUGUCGACAGGUGUUUGGUCUAUUUCCAGACAAUUGUCUUCAUCUUUGUAGGAAAUAGAUUUGUUCCCACCAAUGCUGUUGAUAUGUAUUUUCAUUUUCCAUGAGCAUGCCGCUGCAUUUCUGUUGUAAACUGCAUUGCAUUUUGUGCAUGUUUAUAAGGAUGAUUAAAUUUAGCCAUAAUUUGUUGUAAUCCCCACUACGUGUGCACAUCCAAACAAAAACAAAAAAAGUCCAGUUACUAGGUAGAUUUGAAUCCAAAAAGAAGAAGCCAAAAAACAAACUAUUCUAUGUUUUAACCCACAGUAUU